AUGGCUUAUGACAGCCCUGUAGUGUACUUCACACUGAAUAUUGCAACUGCUAGUCGCGCAUCAGAAGCUCGUCUCCCCUGCCAGCAGAGCUCACGCCAAGGAGGAACGGAUCCCCAGGACUGUCCCUGCGUUAGUGGUGGUGCCUGCACAUACGGCAACAACUGCCGGUGCAAGAGCUGCAAAUGCAAGUCGUGCAGAAAGAGUUGCUGCUCCUGUGGUCCGGUGGGCUGCAGCAAGUGUCCCCAGGGCUAUAUCUGCAAAGGGCCCCCACCAGCAGAUGCAGCGGCUGCAAGUGAACUUCCCCAGGCUUGGUGUAUUUGA